AUGAACUUCACCAAGAAAUUCGACCGUGCCUUCCAAUGGGCCGGCGAGAAGAUGGGCUCCGAGUCCAAGACCGGCCACUCGGACGAAUUCAAGAUGUUGGAGCAGGAAAUGGCCCUCCGAUAUGACGGAAUGGAAAGGCUGCAGAGGUCUACCAACACCUACGUCAAGUGGAUUGCCCGUCGCGGUGAGGGCUUUGAGGACAAGGAGAAGGGACUGCCCAUCGCUUUUGUCGGCCGCAUGAUGAUUUCCCACGGCGAGGAGUUCGAGGCCGACUCGGAAUUUGGCGCCUGCUUGCUUGCUCUCGGCCGAACCAACGAGCGCCUCGGCGGCAUUCAAGAAAGUUAUGCGUCAGACAUCACCUCCAACUGGCUAGAAUCUGUCGAGAGGUCUCUGGCUAUGAUGAAGGAAUACCAGGCCGCACGGAAGAAGCUCGAGUCGCGCCGAUUGGCGUAUGAUGCGAGUAUCAGCAAGAUGCAGAAGGCCAAGCGCGAGGAUUUCCGCCUCGAGGAGGAACUCCGUACCGCACGCGCCAAGUUUGAGGAGGCCGGCGAGGAUGUGAUGCGCCGCAUGCAGGAUAUCAAGGAGGCCGAAGCCGACAACGUUCGCGACCUGACUGGUCUGCUUGACGCAGAGCUGGAUUACCACGAGCGCUGCGCCGAGGAGCUCCGCCGCCUUCGCAGUGGCUGGUCUGGAAACAAUGCCCCCUCUUCCCCGUCGGAUCGCCGCCUCGGCAACGGUCGUGGAAGGUCCAACACUGCCAGGUCAUUCAAUGAUUACUCGUCUCGAAACCAGCAAAUCGAAGAGGAGCCCGAGCCGAUGCCCGUCCGCAUGCCCAUCCGUUCGAACCGAUCCGAGAGCACCCGAUUUGGCGCAUCUGCCGACCCUCCGAGACCGUCUAUCGCUAGGUCCCAGACGUUCCAGGGCCCGGCUGCUACCGAACGACGAUCAGUCACCGCUACUCCUCCGAUGCCGAGCGUGCCCAAUGUGGGCUCUUUGCGUGGGAACUUGAGGCCUACAGGCAAGUCUCUGGCCAGGGACGAUGUGUUUGCCGACCGGGAUGAUGACCAUACGACAGCCAGCGGAAGCGGCAGUCCGGAAUGGGGCGACCGCAGUGCCAGCCCUGCCACGAGCAUGGGAAGUCUGACUAGAAGCACGAGCAACUUGCAGUCGAAGAAAGCGCCUCCACCUCCUCCCCCGAGCCGCGCCAAGAAGCCGGCGCCCCCGAUUCCCGCGAAGAGGGAGGUUGGGUACUAG